UUGCAGGCCGCAACCACACCCUUCUCCAAAUCGUCUUUCAAUCACGGGAUGAAUCCUAUUGGCUGUCCUACUACAAUCAAUUAGCCAAUAUAGGGUAGAAGAGUAACUGUUCGUUAGCGGACUAGAACGCCUGAGGAAUAUUGCAGUGGUAACGGUAUUUAGCCAGCAGCAUUUACGGACAUGUGGUCUCCACCCUUUAUGAUUCUACCAUUCGGCUCUGGCCGGGAGAACGUGUUGGAAGCUCAGAGACAUUUUGAAACGCGCCUUGCGGUUGCAUCUGGAAUGUUCCCAUGGUGCUUCGUACCCAUGCGUCCAUGUACCAACCACUUGCCCUCUCACAGGAAACAGGUGCCAGCUGAAAUCUUGUCCAAUGAAGAGGCCAAGAAAAUAAUUUUGAUAAGAUCUGUGUUUGACUUGGUGAAAAGCACUCAGUUUCUGGAGCUGACCGACUCCAAGUUACUGGGCUGGUAUUUGACCCUUCCUGCAGAAGACAGGAAGCUUAUACAACACGAAGGAGGACUUCUACAGUUUCUUCAGAAACACCCUGCUCUUGAUGUGACCAGAAAUUUUGUGUAUAUAAAACGGCAGUCCUUGGAAGAGUGCACACACCUCUUAUCAUCGGAAAUGUCCACAGACUUGAACAAAUCCAGACGACCCACGUAUUACGGCGUGUCGCUGUGCAAGAGCUGUGGAGCCAGCAUCCCCUUCAGCACCACCACCUGCCGGCUGUGCUGCGCGCCCGCCAAGAAGCCGGAGGAGAAGUUCUACCUGUCAGACCAAGGGAGGGAGCUGCGCUCGCUCCCCACCGGUGUGAGGGAGGAGCUGAUUUUCGGGCCCUCGGGGGUCCAGGACGCCCCUGGAGAGCGGCGGACGGCCCAGGGCCCCGCAGAUCAGUCGCUGCUGGUGGUGUCGGAGGAGAGCUUCCGCUCGGCCUGCGGCGCUGCAGAGGGGCCUCCCGGCCUGCAGGGGGAGCAGGCGCACAUCCUGAGCCAGCUGUGGGACGAGGAGGUGGAGAAGAAGAGCGCCGGCGUGACCGUGUACAAGGACUCCUCUGCGCAGGCGAGCUUCGCGCUGGACGCGCAGCUGGAGCGCCACGGCAGGACGCCGCAGGGGCUCGUGGGUAGCCCGGAGCGGGGCGGAUACCGGGGGGAGGGGCCCGCUGACGUCACGGGCCUGGAGAUGGAGACGCUGCCCGAGUACUGCAGCUUCGACAGCACCGGGCUGAGCACCUCGUACCGGGACUGCAGCGACACCAGCCAAUCAGGAGGCUCCUACCACAGCGGGUCCGACCCCGCGGCCAGGCCACGCGAAGCGGAGGGGACGGACAGCUACGGCUCGGCGGACUCCACCCCCUGCCGCGGCGAGUACGCGGACUGGACUCGCGGCGACCGCCUGGACGACUUCGGGGCGGAGGAGGACUCGCGGCACAGCCUGAAGAACGAGGAGUUCCACAGCGUAAUGGAGGCGGAGCCUCUGGAGGCGGGCGGUGCCACAUGGGUCAGUUCUUGGACCCCUACGCCUCAGGGCUUAGAGAUGGAGCCCCGGAUGAGCCCAAGCCCAGCUGACCAAUCGCGGGGUGAGGUGGCGGGAGCCUGUCACAGCCCGCGCACGCGGGGAGGGAACUGGGCCUGCCCCGAACGGGAGUUUGCGAGCUCGUCGCCCGGCAACAGGGGGAGGAACAGCAGCCUGGCCGCUCUGUACGACAGCCGCUCCGUGGCGGGAAGCCCCCAGGUGACCGUCAACCAAUCGGUGGACGUCAGCAGGGACUUCAGGGCCAGCUACACCUCCACGCGGGCGACCGAGGCCAGGUGGAGUGGGGUCAGCAGGGCCUCCAACACCGAACCCCCGGGGGCAACCCGAAACGCCGCCGUGAACACGGGCCGCGCGCCGCCGGGCCAGGACCGGGGCACCCAAACCACGUCUGCCCCCACGGCCGAAAAGUUCGCUAUCACCGAGGUCUGCAUGGCUGACCUGGACUAUUUCACUGAGGAAUUCAUAAAACUACACCAUGCCCAAGACGAGCUGAAACUGUUGCAGGCCAAGCUUGCAUGCAGCUCCGAACAGGAAGCGGUCGACGGCGGCUGCAGGAGAGACGGCGCGUGCGAGUGUUCCCAGAGGGCCGUGCGGGCGGAGCUCCGCCUCCUGGCGCUGCAGCACGCCAUGUGCCAGCAGCACUGCUGGAGGCGCUAUUACACCUCGCCGGAGGGCGAGUGCAGCAUCCUGAGCAUGGAAGCUCCUUCUGAGAACAUAAAGAACGUUCUUCAGGACCUGGAGGAAGACUACUGUGAGAUGAAGAGGAAGAUCUUAUCGGGUGUGCCGCUGGACGAGCUCCGCCCCCUGUCUGUGAACUCCCAGAUGAUUGGCUCUGAGGCACUGUACGUCCCCUCACAGAUCAUUAAGGACUGUUUGUCUGAAGAGGAAGCUGUGGGGGCUGAGCAGGGGGAGGCCCUGCAGCCGGCUCCCCAGGACGGGGGAGAGGGAGAGAGAGGAGGAGGCUCUGUCGCGAGCAGGAGCACUGAACCCCUGCAGACGGAGCAGACCGAUGCCCCUCCAGCGGUGAAGCCCCAACCUGACAGCGCUAAGAGUGGAAGGGCAGACACCCCCCUCCCGAGUCAGACCUGCCCCCCCACCGGCCCCCCCAUCGCCUCCACCGCGGGACACAAGCCUGGGGGAGCCAGAGACCCCGAAUCGAGCGAGGCCUGGUACGACGCGGAGGAGGAGUUUGGGCCUGUGCCGAGGGGGCAGAAGGGGACACGGCGUGAGGGAGUGGAAGAAGGUAGUGAUGGGACAAUCAGCAAAGGGAAGAAAGAUCUGAACUGUUUCCUGUGUGUCACAGGCCUCCCCGAUGACACCACAGAGGAUGAAGUGCGGUCUACUUUCAGAAAGUACCAAGUGUCCGAAGUCAACGUGACUACUUUCAGCAAUAAUCUAAGGGUGGCCAUGAUGACGGUCGGCUGUCCGAGGCUUGCCGAGGCGGCGGUGAGGGAGGUGAACGGGCGCACCCUCCGGGGGCAGGUCGUCAAGGUGACCAGCGUCUGCAGGCCCUGCAACCCGUCGUCGGAGCGACCGGGGGGUGGGGGGGGCGCGAAGACGAGCUCCCGCACCUUCCUCCGGGCGAGGCGCACGGCGACCACCCAGACUCCCAAAAACCCCAAGAGCAUCCUGUCCGUCACAGCCAAGCCCCUCCAGCACCGGCUGGAGAAGCUGACCAACGUGCAGGACACGCCCACGGCCUCGGGCACCUGCGUGCCCCCGCACUACGCCACCAUGGGCAGCUUCGACACGCUGAUUGCCCGCCUGACAGAGCGCCACCCGGAGGCGGGGCGGGAGAGGAUCGUCAAGGCCCUGGUGGAGCUGCGGGAGCAGAACCAGGGCCUCCUCAGCGGCCUGCCCCUCAAGACCAUCGUGGACAUGACCUCUGACCUCCUGACCCGCCCCUCCUCAUCCGCGGUGGUGUGAGUGCGGCGGGCCAAGGUUCCGUUUUAGCCCUGUGAGGUGUGACUGCGCAAAUGCGCGAUCAGAAUGUUGAGUAACUGAACGUUCUAAUGGUGAUGUCACAAUAGCUACUGGUAACUGAAAGCAGUGGAGUUCUAGAACACUGCCUUAGAAUUCUGGGAAAAAAAACAUUCCGAAAUAGCCUACUCUUUAAAGGGUUAAAUAUCUUCUUCUUUUUUUUGUGUACCAUCAUUGUCCUUUUGCUGCAGAGGUUCUCAUAAAGCAUACGCUGUUGAAGCGGUUGCAGUACCAUUUAUUAGUCUAUAGGUCAUUUACUUUGUAUCAAGAGUAGAUGCAUAAAUAUGAAUAAAAAUUCAUGGGCUUUGUGUUUGAAUUUUUCGGGAUUGUGUUCCAUUAUGGAACACAGGAAUCUGUGGCUAGUCAGUCAUCAUUGGUGUUGAAGGAUCUAAUGCAUUCCUUCUCAUUCCUGUCCCCCCCCCCCCAUGUUUUGAUGGCAAAUGUUGUCCAUCCAUGUUGGCAUUUUGAAAUGUUCUUAGU